AUGGGAAAAGUACACAAUGUAACUACAUUCGUUUUCCUGGGCCUUUCUCAGAACCCAAAGGUGGAAGACAUUUUUAUCGUGGUGUUUUCUUUCUUCUACACAGCGAUUCUGCUGGGAAACCUUCUCAUCAUGCUGACUGUGCGCAUGGGCAACCUUCUCAAGUCUCCCAUGUAUUUCUUUCUCAACUAUUUGUCAUUUGUGGACAUCUGUUUCUCUUCAGUUACAGCUCCCAAGAUGAUUUUUGACCUGUUAGCCAAGAGUAAAACUAUCUCCUAUGUGGGGUGCAUGUUGCAACUCUUUGGGGUGCAUUUCUUUGGUUCCACUGAGAUCUUCAUUCUUAUUAUAAUGGCCUAUGAUCGGUAUGUGGCCAUCUGUAAACCUCUCCACUAUACGACCAUCAUGGACCAGGGCAGAUGCAAUAAAAUGAUGCUGGGCACCUGGGCAGGUGGGUUCUUGCACUCUGUUAUCCAGAUGGCUUUGGUGCGCCAGCUCCCCUUUUGUGGAUCCAAUGUGAUUGAUCACUACUUUUGUGAUGUGCACCCUAUGCUGAAACUGGCCUGCUCAGACACAUAUGUUGUUGGUGUUGUUGAAACAGCCAACAGUGGAACCGUCUCCCUGGGGGGCUUUAUUAUCUUGAUGAUCUCCUACACUGUCAUCCUGGUGUCCCUGAGACAGCAGUCAGCAGAAGGCAGGCGCAAAGCUCUCUCCACUUGUGGUUCCCACAUUGCUGUGGUCAUCAUCUUUUUUGGUCCCUGUAUUUUCAUGUACAUGCGCCCUGAUACUACGUUUGCUGAGGAUAAGAUGGUGGCUGUGUUUUAUACCAUUAUCACCCCCAUGUUAAAUCCCAUGAUUUAUACACUGAGAAAUGCAGAAGUAAAAAAUGCAAUGAAGAAACUGUGGUGUAGAAAAUUUUCCUGGGUUUCUAAUGACAAGUAG